AUGGCGGCGCGGGCCGGGUUCCAGGCGGGGCCCGCGAGCGGCGGCGGCGGCGGCGCCGCUCCGGGGACCGCACUGGGCCCGGGCGCGCCGGGCGGGGCGGUUCGCAUGGGCCCGGCGCCUGGGCAGGGCCUGUACCGCUCGCCGCUACCCGGAGCCGCCUACCCGCGCCCCGGGAUGUUACCGGGAGGCCGCCUGGCGCCGCAGGGCCCGGCCAUGGGCCCGCCCGGCUACGGCGGGAGCCCCGCGGUGCGGCCCGCGCUGGCGCAGGCCGGGCUGGACCAGGCCCGCAAGCGGCCGGCGCCGCAGCAGCUCCAGCAGGUGCAGCCGCAGGCGGUGCCCAACCGCAACCACAACGCCAAGAAGAAGAAGAUGGCAGACAAAAUCCUCCCUCAGCGGAUCCGGGAGCUGGUGCCCGAAUCCCAAGCCUACAUGGACCUGUUGGCCUUCGAGAGGAAACUGGACCAGACCAUCAUGAGGAAGCGCUUGGAUAUCCAGGAGGCUCUGAAACGUCCCAUCAAGCAAAAGCGGAAGCUGCGCAUUUUCAUCUCCAACACCUUCAACCCGGCCAAGUCGGACGCCGAGGACGGCGAGGGGACCGUGGCCUCCUGGGAGCUGCGGGUGGAAGGGAGGCUGCUGGAGGACUCUGCUCUGUCCAAAUACGAUGCCACCAAGCAGAAAAGAAAGUUCUCAUCCUUCUUUAAAUCUCUGGUCAUUGAACUUGAUAAAGACCUGUAUGGCCCUGACAAUCACCUAGUAGAGUGGCACAGGACUGCCACGACUCAGGAGACAGACGGCUUCCAGGUGAAGAGGCCGGGGGACGUGAACGUGCGCUGCACUGUGCUGCUGAUGCUGGAUUACCAGCCCCCCCAGUUCAAGCUGGACCCCCGCCUGGCUCGGCUGCUGGGGAUCCACACGCAGACCCGGCCCGUCAUCAUCCAGGCCCUCUGGCAGUACAUCAAGACCCACAAGCUGCAGGACCCCCACGAGCGGGAGUUCGUCAUCUGUGACAAGUACCUGCAGCAGAUCUUCGAGUCCCAGCGCAUGAAGUUCUCCGAAAUCCCACAGAGGCUCCACGCGCUGCUGAUGCCCCCCGAGCCCAUCAUCAUCAACCACGUGAUCAGUGUUGACCCAAAUGACCAGAAGAAAACAGCCUGCUAUGACAUUGAUGUGGAGGUGGAUGACACUUUGAAAACCCAGAUGAAUUCCUUUCUGCUCUCCACAGCCAGUCAGCAGGAAAUCGCUGCUCUGGAUAACAAGAUCCACGAAACCAUCGAGACCAUCAACCAGCUGAAGACUCAGCGCGAGUUCAUGCUGAGCUUCGCCCGGGACCCUCAGGGCUUCAUCAACGACUGGCUGCAGUCCCAGUGCCGGGACUUGAAGACAAUGACUGAUGUUGUUGGGAACCCCGAGGAGGAGCGGAGAGCCGAGUUCUACUUCCAGCCCUGGGCGCAGGAGGCCGUGUGCCGGUACUUCUACUCCAAGGUGCAGCAGCGACGGCAGGAACUGGAGCAGGCCCUGGGCAUCAGGAACACAUAGGGCUGCCCUGCUCCUGCCCAGCAGCACGGCUGUUUGUGGAGACAGAGCUGCAGAGCUCGCUGGUCCAGCUCCCAGGAUCCCACUCCAGCAGCGAGGCCCCUGUUCCUCCUCCUGGCGUUGUCCCUGCUGGGGGCAAGUCCAGGACAGCGGGGCUCUCGUGGGGUGUGACAGGCAGACAGGCUCCACCCAGCACACAUUUCUACCUGGUUCUCUUCCUGACUGUUGCCUUGUCAGCCCCGAGGCUCCCACGAGCCCCCCCGUGACUCCGCAGUGUCCCCGGUAGCCAGAGCUGACUUGGAGCCCUCUCCCAGCCCGUCCCUGCCCAGCCAGCAGUGGGCUGUGGCACUCUGGAAGCCUGGCUCUGCUCUAAGGUGUGGCUGGGCUCUUCCCUGCCACGUUUUACAGCCCGUGCCAGGCGCUGUCGUGGGCAGGAUGCCGUGGGCUGACAUACCUCCCUGCCCUGACCCCCCUCCUCGGAGGGUGCUGCUGCACUGGGGCUGCCCCACAGGUCACUCCCCUCCUCGAGGAAGUUACUGGACUGUGUAGAGAAUUGCUUCUUCCCUUCUCCCUUUUUCCCUGUCCGUUCCUUUUUGUGUUCUGUGACGGGCUGUCCUGAGCUGGGAUCACAGGGAGACGGAAGUUUUGGCUUCCUGCAGGGCUUUGGAAGUUUGGAGUGAUGCAACUCUCUGCCCUUCAGACACCUACACGUGGGUUCCCAGCAAACCACGUGGCUGCUUGUUUUCCCUGGAGCAGGGAGAGGGGAUGCAGCAGCUGCCUGGAGCUGUGCAUGGACACAGUGCCCUGGGCUCAUUGCUUUGGGGACAGUUGUUGUCCUGUGUCACUUGCUGUGGGGACCAGAGGCUCCCUCGUGUGGAUCCGAGGGUGGAACAGGACAGUCCUUGGGAAUGGACAUUUUUCCAAGCAUAUGUGAGUCAGCAGGUGUUUCCAUGCCGAAGCUCCUGUGGUUUUUAGUCAAGUUUUAGGUCAUGGGGCUGCCAUAGGGCCCAGCAUGGUUCAGGAAUGUACAAAUAGAUUUACUGUGGGCAGUAGCAGCCCCGAUGCCUCUUCAUGGAAUGAAUUACUGGUGGUCAGGAGCACCAAACGGCUCCUCUUCACCCCAACCCCAGUGUUUCUGCUCGGAACCACAACGCAAAUGGACUUGAAAGUUGGUCUGGACUCCCUUGGGAUGGCUGCAGGAUCCCCUUCCUGCCCAGCCCUCCCUCGGGGUGGCCGAGGGGGCUGCUGUGAGCUGGAGCACCUCGGUGGCCCUGCUGCUCCUCGUGUCUGUGUAACUCCAUGUCCGUGAGUAAUAGACUCUCGACCUCCCCUCUCCUUUGCCCCCCUGAAACGCUCCUCUGUGGUACUGGGGUGAAGGGCUUGGUGCUGGAGAAGCAGCCCCUGACUCCUCAGGGUACCCCCACGUGAGGGAUGUGCCGAGUCCUGCGUAGGCAAACGUAGCUGUUGCAGAGUAACUGCUUUUCUUAACUGAAUAUUUACAGUUUUUUUCCAUGGACCAAAUCUUUUUUUUUGUUUUGUUUUUUGUUUUUUUUUUGUACUGUAUCCUUGUAGACGUCACCCAGUUUUAAUAAAAGACUCCUGUGAAGGAA